CGAGCAGUAGAUCCAGUAGACACCAUGGCGAGACCACUCAGAUCAGUCCUUACCAUCGCAGGAUCAUCCCUCGCAGGCCCUUCACGAGUCUCCACGAGAGCAAGAGCUCCUGUCCAGGUCAGAACAGCAUGGAACAUGGCAGACCUCUCCCGCAAUCUCCGUCUCCCCUGGUCAAAAGAAAACACCUCCACCACUUCCACCACCAACGAACCCCUUCCAGCCGAGAUCACCGACGAGCCCACUUCUUCCUCGGACGCCCAGGGCAGCCUGUUCGACUCUGUUACCGCCCCAGUCACGGACGCUCCCAAAAACAAAAAGAAGCUCGCCAAGCGUGGCACAAACUUUGAAUGGACCGAACAUUCCUACUCGUCUGCCCCGCACAAGAUUUCACCGCGAAAGCUGAAUUUGCUCUCGAGGCAGAUUGCGGGCUUGCCGGUGGAUGAGGCGAUUGUGCAGAUGCAAUUCUCGGAGAAGAGGGCGAGUAAAUGGGUCAAGAGCACGUUGGCGUUGGCGCGAGAUCAUGCGAUGGACAAGAAUUUGAAGAGGGACAAGCUUGUUGUCUCCGAGGCUUGGGUGUCGAAGGGUCAAAAGAUUGGACGUAUCGACAUCAAGGGUCGAGGAAAGUACGGUAUCUUGCACCACCAGUCUGCGCGUAUCCACGUUGUCCUUCGUGAAGGCAAGACUGUCGCCGAGAAGCAGCAGGUCCAGUACGACAAGGCCAUCCGUAAGGUCAGGAGUGCGGGGCAAGUGCGAGAGGAUCUCCCUUUGAGGAGGAAGGUGGUCAGCGGGUGGACUUGGUAGAAGGGCAUGAUGUAACACUUCUAACGAAAUGGCCGCCUCGUGCUCUCCUCUCCCUCAAUAUCGUGAGGUCAAUACACGUCUGAGGCUUUCUGCCGUCUAGUUGCGCACUUGAGAGCGCCAAGUUGAGCCAGACUCGACACUAUAUAAAUAUUGGCGACCAGUGCCUCGUGGGCUUGCAAGUUGUGACUCGAUUCAGGGUACAUCUGGCUUAGCCUGUUAGCUUCAACCGCCAAUGCUGCCGAUAUGAUUCUCUCAUCUCACCACUUCACCUCUGCUUAACUUUAACAAGUACUUCGGUUGCACAAUGUGACCUGCCCACGUCCGGCUUCAAGCUCGCGCCUCUUAUAUCUUCAAAGAUCUCGAACCACGAACCAGAUGUCGAUCUCAAGCUGCGUCUGGCGGUGGGUUGAAAACUCCGAAAUCAGCAUUAAAGCUGAACGUGAGCUAGCUGCAACAGUGAGAGGCCGCGGGGCGAAUCCCAGUACGUAUGUGUGACCCGCAUUGCCAGACCGAGUGCUCGUUGAGCGAUAAACAACAAAAGAAUCAC